AUGCUUAGGGUAGCCGAUCCCCGAGAGGCACGGGUAGAGGCGGGUGGCCGCAGUCCCUGGGCAGCGCCACCCACGCAGUCCAAGCGGCUCACCUCCUUCCUCAUCCAGGACAUCCUGCGGGACCGCGCGGAGCGGCGCGGGGGACACGCGGGCAGCCUGCAGCACCAGCGCCAGCCGGACCCUAGGAGGGACCCCGCUUCAGAGCUCGACGAAGCAGGUGGUCGCGGCGUGGCUCCAGAGGACCCACCAAGUAUCCGGUCCAGCCCCACGGAGACACCUACUGAACCCGAGUCAGAUGCACAUUUUGAGACUUAUCUGUUGGACUGUGAACAUACUCCAGGGGACUUAUCAAGUGCCCCCCAGGUCACCAAGCAGCCGCAGAAGCGCUCCAGGGCAGCCUUCUCUCACACUCAGGUGAUUGAGUUGGAGAGGAAGUUCAGCCAUCAGAAGUACCUGUCUGCCCCUGAAAGGGCUCACCUGGCUAAGAACCUCAAACUCACCGAAACCCAAGUAAAAAUAUGGUUCCAGAACAGACGCUAUAAGACUAAGCGAAAGCAGCUGUCGGAAGACCUGGGAGUCUUAGAGAAGAGCUCACCGUUGUCUUUGCCAACCCUGAAGGAUGACCGCCUGUCCAGUGCCUCAUUGAUCUCCAUGUAUACUGGCUACCCUUACUACCCCUACCUGUACUGUCUGGGCAGCUGGCAUCCAACUUUCUGGUAA